AUUUACAAGCCAUUAGCCGAACAUUAACGAAGAAGAACGCAUUUUUUCUUGCGUGCAAAUUUGCAAAAAAAAUCAAGAAAUUAUUUUUAAAAUAUAAUAACUUUAUCAAUUAUAAAUAUAAAACAAUAUAAAUAAACGUUAAAGUUACAACGAAUUUGAAAGACGCGUGCCCCAGCUAAAGAAUUUUACAACAAAAAUAUUUAAGCAUCAUCAAUCAGCCUUGAAAGUGAAGAACAAUUAGCCAAGUGAUAUAAACGGAAUAUGUCUGGUAUUGCUAUAACCCGUUUGGGCGAAGAACGUAAAGCAUGGCGUAAAGAUCAUCCCUUUGGAUUUGUGGCACGUCCUGCUAAAAAUCCUGACGGCACUUUGAAUCUUAUGAUUUGGGAAUGUGCCAUACCCGGCAAAAAGAGCACACCCUGGGAAGGUGGUUUGUACAAAUUGCGUAUGAUUUUCAAAGAUGAUUACCCAACAUCGCCCCCAAAGUGUAAAUUCGAACCUCCACUGUUCCAUCCAAAUGUUUACCCAUCGGGAACCGUUUGUUUGUCGUUGCUGGAUGAAGAGAAAGAUUGGCGUCCCGCCAUUACCAUCAAACAAAUUUUGUUGGGCAUUCAAGAUCUGUUGAAUGAGCCCAACAUUAAAGAUCCUGCCCAGGCAGAGGCUUAUACAAUCUACUGUCAGAAUCGCCUGGAAUACGAGAAACGUGUACGUGCUCAAGCCAGAGCUAUGGCGGCCACAGAAUAAGCGGCCUAAUUUGGAUAGUACUUUAUACUUUAAACUCCAUUAGUUAUUAAACAACCCCCCAAAAACUCACAUUUAAUACACUCGUCGAGACACUUUUUUCAUCUGAAAUGCACUAGCGCUAAGGAGUGCGAUGAGAAAAAAUACAAAUAAAAAGAAUCGAUUAUUGCGAAAUGACUGCCGGCUUUAUAACAAUGCAAGUGGACGGCAGAUGUUUUGCAAACUGGAUUUAAAUUUUUUUUAUAAUUAACUGUAACUAUGUACUACAUACUAUUUAAAUUCACGUUUAUUAUAUUUUAUAAAUUAAAUGUAUUUUUUUCUUUUUGUACAAACAAAACAAAUAUAAUGGCUUUUUUCUCACGUAAAUUUUGAAUAAAUAAUAAAUAAAUAACAUUUGUUGACUCAUGCGACAAAUUUUUCUUUAACAAGCAGCCUUCAUUGUGAAAGCAAAAUUAAUUCAAAUAGUUGAUGGAACAAUUUUAAGGAUAUUUUUAAAGCUAAUGAACGUAUAAUAAAUAUCAUGGUGAAAUUAAAAAUAUAAAA